AUGAACAUGGCAUGGGACAAAAUUCAGAAAGAGGCGGAGAAGAUAGAGGUCAGAGAUCCGCAUUCGGCGAAACAAAAGAUGCAAAAGCUCCAGCUGGCAAUGAACCUGCGUCGACGUCUGCGCGAAAGAUUUCACACUCGAGGCGUGGAUACUGUAGACUACACCAAGUGGAUUGCGAAAGUUGAGGCAGACACGCGGCAACUAGCAGAUUCAUUACUGAUGUCGAAUAUGAAAGACCGUCGUCCCACGCCAGAGACCCCUGGGUCAGGUACGGUUUACCCAGACGCAGAACAGUUCGAGAAAAUCAUGGUACUGCAGUCUCCACUAAGUCCGAGAAUCCCAAUGGCGUCGAUUCAGAACUUGCCUGAUGACGGAAGCAUUCGUGUUCUCAAGCAGUUCCAGACUGACAUCUGCAACGACGCUAUCCGUCGACUCUACAGCAUUGUGCCUGAUCUAGACGAUAGACCUAGUCGAAAGAACUCUCCAACCGAUGAUCAACCAGACGUCGGUGCAGAGAUAGUACGCUCAUGGUUUCGUAUCAUGAUCCUCAACGACAGUGAAGCAGAAGUCUUGGAGCACGCCAGUAGGUCGAGAUGCAUUGAUGAAUUCAUAGCAGGCUGUCAGGCUAGCCAGCUUGAAAUGUAUUGCGACUAUUUUGAGAACGUAUGGCGACCUCAGGCUGUACAGUAUCUUCGUGUUGCGAUAUGCGCGCAGACGCUAGCCGGGGGUGACAUCAAGUCGAUUCGCCUUCUGGGUGGCAUCGUACCUAGCUCCACAGAAGGUCUUCGCAUGACAAAGCCCGCUUGGGAUAUACUCUAUCGAUGGUUUCCUACACUUCUGACACCUUGGACUGUUGCCAGCAUAUGUUCCAACUUCGAAGACUAUACCACCAUAUGCAAGCUGCUCAUGCUUGGUAUGUACAACGAAUAUUGGUUUGAUCCUACCAGUAUAUUGAGCGAGUGUACCAUUGGUGUAUACCUGGGCUUCAUUCCAACGAGCAAAGGAGACAAUACAUCGAAAAUUGGCCCGAACCAUGAGAGCAACGCCUUCGUUCACAUGGAAAGCCGAAACUACCUUUGCGGGCAGAUGGCCAUGGGAGACCCCUUCACACGGGACUUUCUGGAAGAGCUACGCAGACGCACGAACCGGUUGCACCUAGUCGUCUAUGAAGGCACGAACGCGGAAGCCACCGUACACCCAAGUGAGCCUGAGCUGUUCAUUAAUCGCUAUCGAUCAUCGUCGACCCGCGAAGGCCUACACGAUGCUGACUGGACCACAACCAUGACCCUGGAAGACAUCAAGAACCAUCUCCGCUUGAGGAAGACAUCUAUGUAUGACCCUAUUGUUGUCGACUCAUGGCAAUUCAUUAUCAUUGACCGAGAAGUUGGCCGACCAUUCGAGCUGCUAGACAUUGUUCAAGAUGCACUGCUCAUGCUCGUUGGGGAUCCAUCGCCCCGCUCUAUAGCAAAACGUGUCGUUCGCAGCGUCGUACCAACAUCCAUACAGGAAAUCUUUCUGGAGGAUAUGGUCAUCGAGUGUUCACCUGACCUGCGCUUUCCGCCGCCCCAUGAAGUGCAAUACGAUGGCAAUCGAUUCAGAUGCCAUGAUCCGGACCAGAGCAUGGUCGUUAACCACCAGAGAGAAACCGCCUCGGAGAAGCUCACGCGCAAUGAAAACCGCUUCAUUCGAAGAGUCGUUGAUGACAUGGAGCGGUGCGGCAUCAUCACCCUCCUCACAGACUGGGUAGAGCCACAAACUCAGCCGGUGAUUAUACAAGGCGCGGAUAGUGCACUCGAUCUAUACUUCCCGUACGAACAUACUGAGAUGGCCUCAGAUGGACAGCGCGUACCUUCACUGCCCUUUCCACCGACCAACUCUUUAUCAGAAUUUGCCCAUGCAUGGAAGCAACAGCACCCCAACGGCAUCAUGGCAAAAGGGUCUAUCCAGACCCACUACUGUGCAUGGCCCAUGCCCGCGAUGCGCAGCCUAGGCAACACGGGCUCGAACUUCGCGACACCAGAAGGGCAUAUCUACCACUGGAACGCAAUGCCCUUCGACCGACCUUGGUCCGCACACGCCUGGCAGUACUACAUCCAACACCACGUCAACAACAAGUACCCUUUCGUCAUGUUCUACCUUUCUACAUUCGUCAUAUGCGCAGCAGACGCCGAAGACGCAGAGCACAAGACCGAAACCCUAUUAGAAGAGACCGAGGACCGCGGCUGGCGAAUCUCGAUACCAAAGACCAAGAACUGGAAGUUCCACGUCCACGAUCUGAAGCUCGAUGCAUUGUACAGCGGAGUCAGGCCAGCCGACGAUUUCUAA